AUCAUACGGAGCUACUUAAAAAUCACAGGCAAGAACAACAAAAAGUCGUUCAGCUCUAAAUUUAAAUAGGGCUUUCCCUCAUUAGCAUAUAAUUGGCAACAGCGGGCGUUGUCACACAACCUCACGAUCACAUGGUUUGUGUUGAUGUUCACUUGACAGAACACAGAUGAUGACCAUGACAGCGAGAAAAAUUGAAGUGUCUAUUCCAAUGUCGCUGCUUUCGUUCACCAAAAGUGUGGACAGGGGCUCCUAUGAGAAACUCUCCAUACGCGACAGCGCCAGGUCAUUGAAGAAAUAUGGCUCAACGAGCAGUAAAAACAACACGAAAAACGAAAACUACAUUCAGCACUUUGUCAGCAAUAGCGACACGUUGCAAGGGAUCGCCCUCAAGUACAAUGUAACUAUAGAACAGAUCCGAAGGGCCAAUAAACUAUGGGCUUCAGACAGCUUGUUUCUGCGGGAAUUUUUGUUGAUUCCGCAAGCGGACAAUGCGAAUGAUCUCCAAUCGCCAUCCGAGGCUCAAUCCACUAGUUCCCAGUCCUCAAUCGCCAGUCCCAGUAUGGAAAAUCUCAAUCAGAACAACCGCAUGUCGAUGGGUAGCAGCACCCGAAGCGACAGCUUUGAUGAGGAGAAUAUCAGUGAUUUUUUGAGCAAAAUCGAUGCCUCGAUAGCCAGCACUAAGCAGGUGGUCCAGAAGGUGGCAAACAGCAGCGAAUUCGGUUCAGAUAUACCGGCAGAUCAGCGCCGAAGGCCUCAAUCACGCCUCAAACAACACUAUCAGUCGCAACAGUCUCAAAACAACAACAGCGCUGGAUCUGAGAGUUCUUCGCCCAAUCCCGUGGCUGCAGUUAACACAAAAGUGACGGUGCAACAGGGGAAAAAAGUCAGAACCAGUCUGGAGCUCCAUGAGCAGCAACAGGAGCAACUCUUCGAGUUGUAGCAGGAGAUGUUGCCAUGGUUGGAACCACUUCGUCCCUCUGAACAGUCUAUUGCAAACUCCGUUUGCAACAUGAAGUAUAAAGGAACGAAGAUACCAGUGUGAUGCUUCUAGGAAAUAAUUCAGAAAUAAUCUUUUCGUUCAAGUAGCCCAAUGGCUACUUUUAUUGUUGUUAGAUUUUAUCGUUGUCCAAAGUAAGCUUUAGCAAUAACGCUAUAUAAAUGAAUAUAUGUUUGUUGGAGUAGCCUCAAGGCUCGAACACAUUUCGGGGCUUUUAAGAGCAAAGAACAGACUACCUAAGUCAAUCUAAUAGUAAUAUGGAAAUUGCAAUAUUUGUGUUUGAAAAAAAUGUGAAUUAAACUACUCUAGACGGGCGCCGUUCAGGGAAUUUCGUUGGAAACGGAAAGAGUGUACGCUUAUAACAUCUUAUUGUUUUUUACUAAUCUCAUCGAUUACAAGCUAGUGAAUAGGUUUUUACAUAAUUCUUGCCACUUGCAGUUCAAAUCUCCCAAAAAAUACUCAUUUUAACGUCCAUAGGCCAAGAAACCUUGAACAAUGAGCCUACUUGCAACAGUUUAUUGCAUUGUUUAGGGCCUCAGAUGAGAUGGCAUUUUAUUUUUUUAUUUUAUAUUGCUUUUGUUCCGUUUAAUUGAUAUAUUUUAUUUGGAACGUUAUUACCUCAAUUGCAGUCGCAAUAUUAUGGGACGGCGUGUAUUAGAACUAUUAAUUCCUAUUUACUUACCAAGUUGAGUGUUAAUAAGCUGCUUCUCAAUCGUGCUUUAUUCCAAUUGCAGCCGGUAUAUCCAGACGCAGUCUGGCAUCCAGGAAAGUAAAUAAUUGUCCAAACGCUGUACCUAAAAGAAGUUUGGGCAUUAGUUUUAGAUAUAUGUUUUAUACAAACGAUCACUGUAACUGAAUAAUGAUUAUAAUAAUGCACAACUUGUAGAUUUGUAAAUAUAUAAAAUAUUUAUUACUCAACGAUUAGCAUGUUGGCGUUUUUUCAUGAUUGUUGAGAACGAUUUCUAAUGACGGCUUAUAUUUUACCCAACAUUAUCUUUGUGUGAUUAUUCCCAUGGCUUUUGUUUUGUGAUUAAGUGGAUGUUACUAUUAAAUAAACGUUAAUUUUUGUAGAA